AUGGAUAAUCCGAAGAGCUCUCGAUCAACUCGGACAGCUAUUCCGCCAACUCCGACGGCGCCAAAAGGCGAUAAGGCUCCAAAGAGUUCGAAACCAGAAACAAUUAGUGCGACGGCCACUGAUAGCAAGGAUGCUGGACUCGGGGGAAAAAUAACUUUCGACUCGCUCAUCAAACAAUUUCUUUCAAUUUUUAUGAGUCUCGUCCAUAUUUGUCAUCAAAUCUUUGAAGCCGUCGCCGACGUGAUCGCCAAAAUCUUCAGAAUUAUUCUAUUCUGCUAUCGCAAACCGAAACAUGCCAAAGAGCUUUUCCUGACUACAAUCCAUCUCAUCAAAGUCUCUUACGAUGCUGAAAUUUGGAGUUGGACCCAACUCUUCGAUAUUCUCAAAUCUCAACUGAUCAAUCCAAUGUCGAAAGCGCCACCGCCUCCGCCACCAGUUCAAGCCGAACAGAAAGUCAAAUAA